GGUUUAUGCCAUGGGGGUUAGAAACUUGAAAUGAAAGGACGAAAGCGACUCUGAAGUCCAAACCGCAGCCGACGGAGGUAUCUCUGUUUCCCGCUCGGACGCUAUCAUAAGCAGUUGGCGUGCGAAAGCAGUUCUACCAGAGAGAGAGAACGAGAAUGAAGUACGUCUUGGUGACUGGGGGAGUGGUGAGUGGACUCGGCAAAGGCGUGACAGCGAGCAGCAUAGGCGUCGUCCUUAAAGCAUGUGGCCUGCGCGUUACCUCCAUCAAGAUAGAUCCUUAUUUGAACACGGAUGCUGGUACCAUGUCACCGUUUGAACACGGAGAGGUUUUUGUCCUUGAUGAUGGUGGAGAGGUUGAUUUAGAUCUUGGUAAUUAUGAGCGCUUCUUGGAUGUGACACUUACUAGAGACAACAACAUUACCACAGGGAAGAUAUAUCAGUCUGUGCUUGAGAGGGAAAGACGGGGUGAUUAUCUUGGAAAGACAGUUCAGGUGGUCCCGCAUAUCACAGAUGCCAUUAAAAACUGGGUUGAGUCUGUAGCUGUCAUUCCUGUUGAUGGAAAAGAGGGCCCAGCAGAUGUUUGUGUGAUAGAGUUGGGAGGGACUGUUGGUGAUAUUGAGUCUAUGCCAUUCAUUGAAGCCUUGCGACAGCUAUCUUUUUCAGUUGGACAGGACAACUUCUGUCUCAUUCAUGUGAGCCUUAUACCAGUUUUGGGUGUAGUUGGUGAACAAAAAACAAAGCCAACACAACACAGUGUGCGGGAAUUGCGGGCAUUAGGCUUGACUCCUCAUUUGCUAGCAUGUCGCUCAGCUCAGCCUUUAUUGCAAAAUACAAAGGAGAAACUUUCACAAUUUUGCCAUGUUCCGGCUAGUAAUAUACUCAAUAUACAUGAUGUUCCAAACAUUUGGCAUGUUCCUCUUUUGCUUCGGAAUCAAAAUGCUCAUUAUGCCAUUCUAAAACAGCUAAACUACCUUAGCGUUGCCACAUCUCCUGAUUUACAAGAAUGGACCACACGGGCGGAGACCUAUGAUAAUCUCACAAACUCUGUGCGGAUUGCUAUGGUUGGGAAGUAUGUUGGCUUAACAGAUUCAUAUUUGUCUGUUGUCAAGGCCCUUCUGCAUGCUUGUAUUGCAUGUUCUUUGAAGCCAUCAGUUGACUGGAUUGCAGCUUCUGACCUUGAAAAUGAUAGUGCAAAACUGACACCAGAAGCUCAUGCUGCUGCAUGGGAAACGUUAAGGAGUGCAGCAUGCGUCUUGGUUCCUGGUGGAUUUGGAGAUCGUGGUGUGGAGGGAAUGAUAUUAGCUGCAAAAUAUGCUCGGGAGAAUCAUGUUCCCUAUCUCGGGAUUUGCUUGGGGAUGCAGAUUUCCGUGAUUGAGUUUGCUAGAUCUGUUUUGGGUCUGAGCAGAGCAAAUAGCACGGAGUUUGACAACAGUACACCUGACCCUGUUGUAAUUUUUAUGCCAGAGGGCUCGAGAACACAUAUGGGAAGUACAAUGAGAUUAGGAUCUCGAAGGACAGUUUUUCAGACACUUGAUUGCAUUACAUCAAAGCUAUACCACAACUCAGAGUAUGUGGAGGAACGCCAUCGACAUAGAUAUGAGGUGAACCCUGACAUAAUUGGCAAACUGGAAGAAUGUGGCCUAAAAUUUGUUGGAAAGGAUGAAAGUGAAAGAAGAAUGGAGAUUUUGGAACUUCCUUCUCAUCCGUUCUACGUGGGAGUCCAGUUUCAUCCAGAAUUCAAGUCUAGGCCAGGGCGACCUUCAGCUCCAUUUCUAGGUCUAAUACUAGCAGCAACAGGACAGCUGGACGCAUACCUUGGAAAGCAUUAGUAAGGAAGUUAACAUGGCAAUUGGUCCUCUUUCCAAACGCAACUAACCAUUUUACAAAGGGAAAAUGCUGUGGAGCUCCUCUAUAACAUGUGUAAUGAUGCUUGUGGAUCUUGGUUGGAAGAAGCAAAACUACAUUCUCAGCAAGGUGCAUUGUAGAACUACAUCUAGAAAGCCUACAUACCCUUUUUACAUCUAUGUUUGUAGCCUUUUAUUCUUAACGAGGUGCAAAUGUAGAAUUACAUCUGGAAAAAGCCUACAUUUGAUUUUGUUGGUAUGUGAUCACUUUUUUGGGCUGAGUCAAGAAAACAUCUGGCUGCAGAUUACUUAACAGUUAUGAGUUCAGCUGUGUAGGUUUGUUUUAUAUGCACCUUCUCUUUCCUAU